GCCCGGACACACGAGAAACAAAAGCCCGCGAAACUGUUCCCAAACAGCCUUGUUUUUCCUGUUCGCCGUGUGACCAGCGCUGCAGACUGUCCGCAAACAGUUCGGCAGACUUGUUCGGCUCUAGUCCGCGAGCUGUUCGCCGCUUUAAAACCCGUCCUAAAAUUUAGCGCGUGUUUCGACUGUUCAUCAUGGCUGCGAAAGGAACAGGGCCUCUGGCUAAUUUAAAUGAGGCACAAACUUUAUGCCUCAUCGAGUUGCUGAACUCGCACAGCGAGCUUUGGGACUCUCGACUUCCAAAAUACAGGAAUAAACAUUUUAAAAACAGUCUGUGGACCUCAUUGAAGCUAUCAUUCGAGGCCAGUAUGAACAUUGAAUGCACAGGUAUGUACCAAUUGUGAUGUUGAUCGUGUCAUUAAAAAAUUGCACUAAUGUUUGAUGAUGUAUAGUUGAUAUUUUUGCGUUUCUUUCAUUGAUUGUGCUUUCUAUUUUCGUCUGUGUGGAAUUGUGGCUUUUUAUUUGUAAUGCUCACUAGUAAUGUCAUUAUUCAAGUCGUCGAAACCUUUCAUCAAUGUCAAACGAUCAUGUUUUUAAAUGCAGUUUCUGUCUUGUAAACAGAUCCCAGCUUUCAGGCUUUUAUUCUUAUUUGAAUGGUAUAAACGAUCAUAUGUAGAGAAGCACAUUUGGGGCUACACUAUGCACAUGCGAACAAAAGCCAUUGUAAAGAAUACAGUGACUGUCAACAACUCAUUAUUAUUAUGAAAACUAGACUCGCUGUAAACUUGUUGCAAGGAUAUGUACAAGAUUAAAUGUAUUAGACAUAUUUUAUGAACAUCAUGUUUAAAAAUAUUUUACCACCGUCAAUGAUACAAAUUUAAUGCUGGUCCAGUAUAUAAUAUGAUUGCAAGAUACUACAUAAUGGUCAACAUAUAGCUGAGAAAGAUUAAAAUUUUCCCUAUGCAUACUUUUUGUUAACAAAAUGUGUAAAAUAAUUAUUUGUCCAUGAUAACUGGUUUGCAUGUGACAGACUUGCCCAUAGUUAUGUAGUGUUUUUCGAACGCAAGCUACCUUUUCGUACACAAUAUUAUCUGGAACUAAAAGCUUCACAUGCACUUUCGCUCUGUCAUUCUGCAGUAAUAAUUUGUGUAAAUGAUUAAUGUCUAUUUUAUUUGAUUCAUGCCAAAUAUUAAAAGAACAAUUUAUGUAGCGAACCCUUCCACCAUUAAAAUCUUAACACAACACUUCUAUGCAGCCAUGAUAUAAUGUUUUAUUGCAAUAUCUUUCAGUGGAACACCUGCAGGCAAAAUUUGCCAGUAUGCGAAAUAUGUUUGCGAGGGAACUUCGCAAGAAGAACCAAACUAAAAUAAGCGGGGCGGGCACUGAAGAUCUGUACCGGUCUACAUGGCCCUAUUUUCAGCACCUGCAGUUUUUGCUGCCUGUAAUGUCCAUCACAAAACCCACAGUGACAAACUUGGAUACAGAUACACCAGUUGCUGAAGGGGAGAUGGUGACUGAAGAGGACCAAAAUGAAGCUCAAAUUCAUACAAGUUCCGAAGGGGUGGGGAACACUUCCAUUGAAUGGGAGGAUGGAAAUGCAAUAGCAGAAACUGCAGAGACACCAGAACAAAACUUUGUAAAAAGUAAUAAAAAAAGAAAACGAAAUGCAUCUGGUGACCUUACUGACUGUGUCCUACAGUAUUUCCAAAAGAAAAAGCAAGAAGACAACAGAGAUGUAAUGUCAUUUAACAACGCAGAUCAUGUAUGGGCAAUGCAUCUUGUACAUGGCAUCUCAAAGAUAUCAAAUGAAUCACAAAGAGAGCUGCUUAAAAUAGAAAUGCAAGAACUUCUUCAGAAGUAUCAGAGAGCACAGUUAAUGAGCCAGAGCAACAGCAAUAUGUGAUUAUUUCCUAGGAGACUUCCUAAAAUGAUCUCUUUUCUGUUUCAAUCUUUAUUUUCUGUUUACUUUUCUUGACAUUUUAAAAUAAACUAAUAUGUUUACAUGUU